GACACCAUAGAGACGCGGUCCGCCGCCGGCCCAGACCGCCCCUCCCGGGUAGGUUAGAGGGCCGACGUCAUUUUCAGUCGCCUGAGCCGCUGGAUGAGGAAAGCCGGUCUCUGAGGUGGGCGCCUGUUUGGGCAAAGUCGGAGGGAGGCGAAAACCGCGGUGGGGUUUGCGUUUGCUCGCUGACACUCGAGGGGAAGUGGGGGCCGCGGCCUGGUUCGGCCCCCGCUGCCCUCGGAGCGCGGCGUGAGCCCGGUCCUCGGGCCUUCGCGUCUCGAGCUCGGAAGAGCGGGAGAGGGGGGAGCAAGGCUUCUCUGAGGGCCUGAGGAGGAAGGCUGCGAAGCCCCCCGCUCCUCGACUCCCAGUGGACGCCUCCACGCCUGCCGACAGCGCUUGAAGAUGGCUGGCUAUCCCAACACUCGCAACCCUGUGCAGACCCUUCAGGAGGAGGCGGUGUGCGCCAUCUGUCUGGACUACUUCACGGACCCCGUGUCCAUCGGCUGCGGGCACAACUUCUGCCGAGGGUGUGUGACCCAGCUGUGGGGUAAGGAAGAGGAGGACGGGGACGAAGACUGCCCCCAGUGCCGAAGGAGCUUCACAAGUCGUAGCUUUCGUCCCAACUUGCAGCUGGCCAACAUGGUCCAGAUAAUUCGCCAAAUGUGCCCCUGUCCGUAUCCAGGGACCCCGGGGAAUGAUACGGGUGUCUGCUCCAAACACCAAGAAGCCCUGAAGCUCUUCUGUGAGGUAGACAAAGAGGCCAUCUGUGUGGUGUGUCGAGAAUCCAGGAGCCACAAGCAGCACAGCGUGGUGCCGUUGGAGGAGGUGGUGCAGGAGUACAAGAGUUCGUCUUGACUCUUCAAGCUAGAAUCAGAGGAUUAUGAAAGUAAGAUCAUUUUAGAUUUGACCAAGAGCACCAUUAAAUGGUGUCAGGUUUUAGGCGGCAGAUGGGUGUAUAAAAAGAAAAUGAACAAAGAAUUUCACCUACUGGGGAUCAGGCAUAACUGGAUGCCUGUAUUGCCCUGCCACCCAGGUGCCACCUGUAAAGUCAUUCAUCGCUCUGCAAGAGGGACCAGAUGCUUCCAUCAUCAGUACUCCUUGUUUAUCUGUUUUGUCCUUUGACAUAGCUAAAGAUGACAGCCAAUUCCUUUUUGAGGUUUUUAUCAAGUAUAUAUUCACGUUACAAUGUAGAAGAUAGGGUCAGCUUCUCCUCCAGUUAUGUUAUCUGAAAGUGUUGGGCAGUGACACCAUGCCAAACACUGUUAAAUUUAUACCAUUAAAAACAGUAGAGUGUUCCACAAAGCACAAUUCUCUGCAGCUUUAAGACUGGACUGUAUUGGAAUAUUAACAGGAAUCUUCAAAGGCCAUGAAAGCUUAAUAUUAAAUAACUCUUUUAAUUGCAAAGGAGAAAAAAAUGGAGAAACUUGUGAAACCCUUCAUUCCAAGUACUGCCACAACUUUAAGAGGAAAUUGAGGAAUACCGGAAUUUCUUCACUUACUUCUGCAGUCUUAACAAUGAAUUAAUGAAUGACAGCAUAUCACUCUUCAGGUUUUAAAAAACAUCAGCUCAUCCUUCUUUGCUAAUAGUUAAGAUGAAUCUACUGACAAAGAAAAUUGUGCUUUGCUUUUGAUCACAAUUAUUAGGCUUUAAAAACCAUGUGCUAUUUUCAUAAACCAAGUACUUGACCACUAAAGACAAUAUUUUUGAAGCUGUAUUAAAUAAACUGAGUUUGGGGGGAAAUUAUAGGAGUAUUCACUGAUGGUACUACAGCAAUGGCAUAUUUUAGAUCUGUUGUUUUGUUUUGGCAAAAAUUGAAGAAAUUCGGCAUUCAGGAUGUACUGGAACAGUCAACGCCAAGCAUAGAAUUCCAUCGAUCUGCCCACAGACUACAGGAAAUCUUCAGCCUUGCUGUCAGCAUGUAUGAAAAACAGUACAUUUGAUCCCAGUUUGCCUUGGGUUUUGAAGAUCUGAAUGCUAUUUGGAGUGUUUUUUCUGUUACAUACUGAGGUUCCCUGGUUGUCAAAGAACUGAAUUCAGCUGAAUUUAUGGACAGAACAACUGAAUUUGGAACGCCAAUGAUAGAACAAUCCUGAUUUUGGAACACCAACAAAAGAAUCUGUACUUUAAAAACUAAAACUUUCAGAAUUUAACACGUUAUAGUUUAAAAUACACUGACCCUGAAAUGC